AUGAAUAGCAACGAAUUGUUUUAAACUUCUGAGAUUAAACUUAACAUUUAAUCUAUUGAUUAGCCUUUGAGCUAAAAUUAAGCUGAAAAUUCUACAAAGACUGAGGAGACAACUUCUGAGAUUAUCAUUGAAGAGAUCGUCAUUCCUCAGACUGAGAACAAUACUGAACAAUAAGAGGAAAUAAAGCAGGAUCAAAGUGAAAAAGAACAACCUAGCAAGGAUGAAGCUUACGUUUUGAGAGAUAGAAAUCAACUUGACAAGAUGCUUGAUGGAUGCAGAAUAAUGGGAGGACAAAAAACCACCGACUAGAUGAGGUCGAUCUGGGAUGUCCAAAAACUUGAGACAUAGAAUGACGAUAUUCACAAAGGAAAGGUGAGUUUACCUGCUUCAAUGUUUUCUGACUUUCUUGAGGUUACUUAUGAGAACGAAAAGGACUUUGAAUACUUUGUCAGCAACAUCAUGAUUUAAUUCUUGGCUAAAUUCAAUGAUCGAGCCCUUGAGUUUCCCGAAGUUCUUGAUCCUUAGGCAAGAGCCUUAAUUCACUGCAUGUGCAACUUCAUUGGUAUGAGAAGCAUAUCUGUAGGUAAGUCUAAUAAGAACAACCGAAAAGUACUCAUUUACCCAAAUGGUCUGUUCCCAAACGUGACUGAAAAGGAGCUCAAGAGAAUUGAGAAGGAGAAACAGAAAAUAAGAGAAAAGUUUAUGAAUGCUAACAUGGCAGGCAUCCCUAGAGAGAACCCUGUCACUAUGAGGGAAAAACUAAUCAGAGAGGUUUAUUUUGAAAAGAAAGGUAUCAAGGAUGAGAAUGCUGAAACAUUCUGGGAAGGUCCAAUCCAAGUAAGGAUAGAUGAACUCAAAAGAAAGAUGAGAGUUUAUGAGAAAAAUCUUCAAAAACUAAGAGACAAAUAUGCUUAAGACUAGGCAAAAUCUAAUAGAGUUGCAUAGUCUCUAAGUGAUUCAUCUAGUUCAGUCUCUGAGGACUAAGCUAUUAUUUUACAUGAUUAAGAUAAAAGAAAUGAGUAAGAAGAGCUAAAAGCAGACUUUGAAUAAACUUAAUCGGAAAGCAGAUCUACUUCCUCUAAAUCUUAGUCAUCAUUUGGACAAACUCUCCUUAAGAAAAGAAUGUAUGGGGAUACUCAGAGUGAAACUGACCUUGAACAAAUGGAUCAAGAUCAAAAGCAGGAGUACAUUGAGAAACUAUAAAGGAUUAAGAAGCAAUAGCAAGAUGACUAUCUCAAAAGAAAGCAAUAUCAUAAAGAACUUAAGAAGGCAACUCUAUAAUCUUUCAAAGAUCGCCCUGAUGAAAUCAAAGAUAUUAAAUGUAUUGCUCAAUGUAAAGGUAAAACUACAAUUAAAUGGAUCAAGCCUAAUGAAAACAAUUGCCCUAUCACAGCAUAUAAGAUUUACCUUGGCUAGAAAAUCAUUCAUAGAGGAGACUACUUCACAUGGAUGGACACUAUUGAUGAUAAAGACUCAAACUCAUCUUUAUCUCUAGACUCUGAAGGAGCAUCCUUCAUUGAAAUUGAAGAACUUUCCAAAGAUACUCUCACUUACACUUUUGAUAAUCUGGAUGAUAAUACAGGCUACUAUAUCAAGAUCACAGCUGUUAAUGAGAUUGGAGAAGGUUAUCAAGGCAAAGCUCUUUAUGUUCAGACACCUAGCUAUGAGAAUAUCUCCGCUUAGCUCUUUGUUUGGGGAUCUAACUCACAUUCACAACUUGCCCUUCUUGAUGACUCAAUUGAUCAGACUUUCUACAACGAUAAUUAAAUGAGAAAAGUAAGAAUAUUUAAAAUUUACAAUGUAUAGAUAGCCAAUAACCCUGUAUUUGAACGAGGUGGUAUCUUAAACUAUUCAGCAGGCAAUAAUACUUCUCUAUUCCUUUAUCAAUCUUCGAUAUCUUAAAUGCCUGAGAUAAUUCAAUCAGGAGCAAGUGUCAUUGCUAUUGAUGAAAGUGAUACUAGACAGACUUUCACAGAAAAGCAAAUAAAUGAAAUUGAGAUCGUCCCAUCUGUACCCUUCAAGAUUGAUUUUAUGCAGCCAGUGGUCAAAGUCUCUUGUGGUAGUAUGUUCUCUGCUCUUCUUACAAGUACUGGGGAGGUAUAUACUUGGGGAAAUAAUCAGUUUGGCUAACUUGGAAUAAACAAUUCCUCUAUAAUGAUAGCUCUGUCACCAUAAAGAGUGCAAUUGGAAGAUUCAGUCAUUGAUAUAGCAGUUGGCUUUGAUCAGUGCUUGGCUUUGAAUGACUCUCACUAGGUUUAUGCAUGGGGUAGGAAGAUGGGUAUCUAUCCAAAAUUCAAUCUUGACUUUCACAGUAUAAAAAGAGCAUAGUAGACUUAGUAUGCUGACAUUAACUAACCACUGCCUAGACUGUUGAAAGAAAACCUGAUCUAUUAUAAAAUCUAGAAAUUGAUUACUGGCUAGUCAAACUGUGCUUUGAUCUCUUAAGACGGCGACUUGCUUAUUCAGGGAUUGAAUGAGUCUGGUCAGCUUGCUAUGGGCCAGGAACUUGGACAAGAAUUGAUAUUCUUCUCAGAUUUCAUGAAAAAGGACUAUUUCACACAGUAUAACUUAAAAGUAUUAGAUGCUAGCUAUGGGAUGUCACAUUUGAUAGUGCUCUGCUAUGACACAGUGUCCAAAUCUAACAGAGUGUUUGGCUGUGGAUCAACAAGAUAUGGCUAGUUAGGAUUUAAUGACAAGAAGCCUCUGCAUCAGUUCAAAGAAAUCACUUCAAGUAGGAUGAUAGCUGGAGAUGAGGUAGUAUAAAUUAGUGCUGGCUCAUUGCAUUCUUUAUUCUUGACAAAGUCAGGUAAGCUCUAUGGAUGUGGCUAGAACAUUGAGGGAUAACUUGGUAUUAAUUUAGAUAGCUAGACUGGUUCUAAACCUAAAAAGAACUAUCAUGAGAUUAUGGAGAUUGAUUUCCCAUUUAUAGCUAACUCUGCUGAAGAUGGAGGCGUCAAAAUCAGUGGUACUGCCAAUGAGAUUUCAUAGGGCAAAUGUUUUAUCAAAAUCAAGGAAAUCUAAUGUGGCAGUUUAUAUUCAAUGGCUCUUGCUGAAAAGAUUUGA